CGGCAGCGAGGGCCAGUGGCUCUCUAUUUGUAUCAAUAAUAAGCCCUCAAAGAUGGCGAUAAGGAGGAGUGGUUUUAUUUGCUCCCUCACAGAGAGGGUGUGAAUCUUGAAGAAAGGGAAGAAGAAAGAGGAAGGGUACAUGGCAUCUUUUUGCCUCUCCCCCAUCCAUAUUUGGAAGCCGUUGCCUCCUCCAUCUCCUCCAUCACCUCAUCGAAAUCAACCUGCUUCUCCCUUUCUCUCUAUAACCCUAAUCCCAUCAUCUUCUCCCUCAUUUUCUCUCACCAAAGCUCGUCGCAGGAUAGCUGCCUCGGUGGUGUGCAUGGCACCCGAAGAAGAAAGGAUCACCCGCCGCUCUCCUCUCGAUUUCCCAAUUGAAUGGGAAAGACCAAAACCAGGGCGGAGGCCUGAUAUAUUCCCCCAGUUUAGCCCAAUGAAAACGCCUUUGCCACCUCCCAUGCCUUAUGAUCCACCAGAGGAAGAUGAGGAAGAGGAGGAAAAGAAAGAGGGGGAAGAUGAGGAGGAUCCUGAGAAGGAAGAAACUGAGAAUCCAGAGGGCCAGUAAGCUGGGUCUCUUGUCUGUAGGACUUAGUGGCUAAAGCUUUUGUCCUUCCCAUUGCUUACAGCCUUUACGCCCUUUUUGGCAGAGAGUAAGUGUGAGUAGGUUGAUGCAUGUAUAUUACCCGGGGUAUGGGGUUCGGCAACUCAAUGGGGAUGUGAACAAAUGGUAGGAUAGGAGGAAUGUUUGGCCUGAAAGUUGCGCAAGCUAAAGGGCCUUUAGCUGGGCUUUGUAGUUUUAAUUUUGGAGGGUCCUUUGUAUAAAUAUCUGAGUUUAGGGUUUCAAUUGCGGAUGUAGUGAUGUAUUGGUGUCGUGAUACCAUUUGAUCCUUCACGUAAGCACUGGUUUGCUUCAUUGAUUUAUUGGAAAUGAAAUGUGGUUGUUUAUUUCUUCUCUUC